CACACACACACACAGAGCACCAGUGAGCUUGCUGAUACAGUUAUGCUCUCUUUAGCAUUAACAGUCAACAAAAACACCAGAAUGGCAGGAGGUCAUUUAGGAAAAUGUGAGUUAAGAUGUUCAGAAUGAUGGAAGAUUAAAAACAAAUAUGCAAAUAACAGACGGCUGGAGCAUGACAUAGUGGUUUUAGCUAGUUAAUUAGCCGUGUGUCUGCCUUGAUAAAACCUACAGCUGGAGCCAAAAGUCUAGAGACUAACAGAUGUUGGAUUUCACAAGACUAGCUGAUUCAGAGUUUUUAUAAGUCUCUAUAGUUACUGAAAUAGAUUCACAAACAUUUGCAAAGUAUUUUAGUAUUUUAUUGACAAUUACAUCAAGUUUAUGGAAAGUGUCAAUAUUUUAAGUGCUUAUGUUUAAGACCUCUGUAAAUCACAAUGAGAUGCUGUGAAUCAACUACUGACUGAUGGCAGACAAAUACCGCUAAGUUGAUGCUUGGAGUUUGUCAGAAUGUAUUGGCUUUUGUUUGUCCACAUCUCUGGUACAAGCUCUGGAUGGGAUUAAGGACUGAGGAGUUUAGAUUUGCCCCAUCCACUUAGUUCUGACAGGAAAGGACGUUGUUCAUCAGGAGUUCCUCAGGGAGGCUGUUUAGGCACCAUACUUUAUUCAUGUUUAGGAGGCUAAGCUGUGAGUCCAGUCCACUGGCUAAGAAGCAACAACCCCGCUCCUUACACACAUGGCUGACCGUAGGAUGCUUUAAUGUUUGCAGGACACAAGAAUGAUGGAAACAUCCAUCUUUUUAUCUUCAGACAUUCCUUUGUCUAGAUACUCAAGACAAUCGAAAGAUUGAUUCAUCAGAAUAUAACUCGUUCCUGUCCUCAGAAGUUCAAUCCCUGGACCUUUAGCAGAAUAUCAAACAGGUGUUAACUUGGAGAGAAGUGACUUUUUCGCAGCCCUUCUUGACACCAGAUCAUUCUGCAGAAGUCACCUCACUAUAAAGUCACACAGCUGGACCAGAUUUAGGUCAGUCUUUGUGUUUCUUGGGCACCUUGAAGCAUUCUUCAAUACAACUAGACUCCUCUCCUUGAAGUUCUUGAUGAUCCUGUUUAAAGCACUGCAUGGUGGCGCAGUGGUUAGCACUGUUGCCUCGCAGCACGAAGGUCGCAGGUUCAAAACUCGCCUUUCUGCGUGGAGUUGCGUGUUCUCCCCAUGCAUGCGUGGGUUUUCUCCGGGUACUCCGGUUUCCUCCACAGAUCACAACACGCCCUAUAGGUUAAAAAAAAAUAAAAAUAAAAAUAAAAAAAAUAAUAAAAUUGUAAGUCGCUUUGGGUAAAAGCGUCUGCUAAGCACAUAAACAUAAGCACUCUGGAGCAGAUCCAAGAUACUUGAUUCUUGUUCCACUAUUAAAACAUUUGGCCCUGUAAAGGCUGUUUCAUUCACUGAAUGUACUAAUGUCCCUGUUCACUUAAAAAAGCAGGUGUAAAGUUUGCUGUGACGGUAGGAGAGAUGGAUGUCAUACGGUGGCGACUGCUUAUCUCUCUGAAACAAAUUGCCUUUUUUGAACAUCUUUGAGGAUUUUGAAUUCUGAAAACUGGUUGAAAUCCAAUUCCAGUUCAGCACAUUCAGAAAUUGCAUUUUCUCCAGACAUCGACAAGCGCUGAAGUCUUGACAUCUGCCAACCCACAAAGUAAAAUUGAAUCCUUAAACUCCAAAAGGCCAUUUCACCGUGGUUUUUUCCACACGUACUGUCCACCAUUUUGACAAAAGUGAAUAUGAGACUCCACCUAUUCAUUUCUCUCAGAGCUCGGCUGCAACAUGUAAUGAAAAGGAAAAAAGAGGGCUAUAAUAUGAUAAAUCCUCCUCUCCUUCCAUUGCCUCCUGGUCUAAGCCUCAGCGUUAAUCUGAACAUACUUUUGAUGUAAUAAAGCUUCUGCAGCACAAAGGCAGUAGACGCUAACGGUAACAGAGUUGGAUGAACACAGUUGUGUUUUCUGAUCAGGAUCUGUGUGUUUACAUUCUUUUUACGCCUCUUCAUUUGUAACACCAAAACAAAUUCCAGUCAGUUAGCUGUUCUUGGCAAAUGUAGUGACUGUGAUUGCGCUAUCGCAACACAGCACUGGACGUGCUGGUCCUCCACUCGAGCUUUGCCAGAGCAUCUGUGCUGAGCUGGCUGCUGGAUCAGGGUUUGGCUCUGGGGCCGCGCAUUGCAACAGAGCCUCUGGGGUGGAAGUAAAGAGAGACGGAGCAGUGGAACAGGUUUCUUUGCUGCAGUCCCAGAACGGCAGCUGUGUGUGAGUGUGUGUGUUGGUGCAAACAAGCAGCGAGCGGUGGCACUGGAAGGUUGUGUAGUCUGACUCUGAAGAAGCUGGUGGUCUUGAGGGAUCUUGAUAAAGAGCUGAUUUCUGUGGUCAUCGCAGUCAAGAUCCAGGGAUCCAAACGUAUUUUAAGGUCCCAUGAGAUCGUGCUGCCACCCAGUGGGGUGGUGGAGACGGAUCUGGCUCUGACCUUCUCACUACAGUAUCCACACUUCUUAAAGCGAGAAGGGAACAAGUUGCAGAUAAUGCUGCAAAGGAGGAAACGAUACAAGAACCGAACAAUCUUAGGCUACAAGACUUUGGCUUUGGGAUCCAUCGACAUGGCGGAGGUGAUGCAGCACCCGACAGAAGGAGGUCAGGUUCUGCCUCUCUGCAGCAGUCAGAAAGACCUGCUGGGCAAAGUGGCAGAGAUCUGGAUCUUUUCCUUGUCCAGUCAGCCGAUCGACCACGAGGAGGCCGCCCUGCAGGCAGGACAGAAGAUCAAAUGCUCCGAUAACUACUCAGAGGAAGAGUAUGAGAGCUUCUCCUCAGAGCAGGAGGCCAGCGAUGACGCAGUACAGGGACAGGACCUUGAAGAUGAUGAAUUUGAAGUGAGAAAGCCAAAGAAGCAGAGGAGAUCGAUUGUAAGAACGCCCUCCAUAACCAGGCAGCAGAACUUUAAGCAGCGAGUGGUGGCGCUGCUGAAGCGCUUCAGAGUUUCAGAUGAGGUGCUGGACUCGGAGCAGGACCCCGCGGAGCCACCACCUGAGGUGGAGGAGGAGGAUCUGGAUCUGGACAGUGUGGAGUUUGAGAACCCCAGUGACAGCGGUCCAGAGCUGGAUGACGAUGACAGCGUCCUCAGUACACCAAAACCCAAACUCAAGCCAUAUUUUGAGGGACAGUCUCUGUCCAGCUCUCAGACUGAGAUUGGCAGCAUCCACAGUAGUAGGAGUCACAAGGAGCCCCCUAGCCCGAUCGAUGUGAAUAAAUCAAAGUGUGACAGUGCAAAGUUUCCAGAUGAUGGAGUGUCGGAUAAUGUCGCUUAUGAGCAGCCAGAGGCGGUGACUCCCACCACAGAGCUGGAGAUGGACAACAUGGACACGUUUUUAGAGAGACUGCCACCUAGUGGCAAAAUGACUAAGACUGAGUCCCUCAUCAUUUCAUCCAACAGGCAGGAACCGAAGAUGGCUGGGAGACGAGGCAGGAGCACAUCCCUGAAGGAGCGUCAGCCCAGCAGGCCACAGAAUGAGAGGGCCAACAGCCUGGAUAAUGAGCGAUCUCUGGACACACGGUGCCACCUACAGAUUCCUAGAAAAACGGUGUACGACCAACUGAACCACAUCCUGGUUUCUGAUAACCACCUCCCUGACAGCAUCAUCCUCAUCAACACGUCCGAGUGGCAAGGUCAGUAUCUUUCGGAAAUGCUGCAAAACCAGCACCUUCCAGUUGUCUGCACCUGCACCACAGCCGACAUCCAAGCUGCUUUCAACACCAUAGUGACGCGCAUCCAGAGAUUCUGCAACUGCAACUCCCAGACGCCCAUCCCCAUAAAGAUAGCCGUGGCAGGAGCUCAAUACUACCUCAGUGCAGUUCUGAGGCUCUUUGUGGACCACCUCUCCCAUAAGACCCCAGACUGGCUCGGUUACAUGAGGUUCCUCAUCAUCCCACUAGGUGCUCAUCCCGUCUCCAAAUACCUCGGCACUAUCGAUUAUCGCUACAAUAGUUUGUUCCAAGAUGCAGCCUGGAGGGAUCUGUUUCACCGGCCAGAGGCUCCUGUUAUUGCCCAGGAGAGCCCAGAUGUGGUGUCGAGGGUAACGCAGUACAUGGAGGGAGCUAACGGAGCUCACCAGCUCCCCAUCGCUGAGGCCAUGCUCACUUACAAACAGAAGAGGAAAAAGAGCUUUCAUUUUGAUUUUGCAGUAAGCCCCACUGAAGACUCGUGUCAGAAGUUCAUCCCAUUUAUUGGGAUGGUGAAAGUCGGCAUUGUGGAGCAAACCUCUGCUACAUCAGGUGACUCUGAUGAUGCAGCACCUCUAGGCUCCUCCCUCCUCUCCUCCACCCCUCCACAAGUCUCACCUGCCCUGAAAGAGGCUUCGCCCACACCCCCUCCCUCUCCCUCCAUCAACACUAGCUUUUGUGCAUACAGUUCUAGCAGCCAGUCCACAGAGCUGAUGGGUCUUCAGGUAGAUUACUGGGUGGCUCCAACAGAGAGGAAGAAAGACGUGGAGAAGCGGGACUCCUCCUCCAAAAACUCUCUGAAGUGCAAUUUCCGCUCGCUGCAGGUCAGCCGGCUGCCACCAGGGGGCACAGAGCCAGGCCCCCAGCCCUGCAUGUCUAUGAUUGUUGUAACUAAGGAGAAGAAUAAGAAGGUCAUGUUUCUGCCCAAAAAAAGCAAAGACAAAGAAGUGGAGUCAAAGAGUCAAGUGAUCGAUGGAAUCAGUCGCCUCAUCUGUACUGCCAAGCACCAGCAGACCAUGCUGAGAGUUCUAAUUGAUGGUGUCGAGUGGAAUGAUGUCAAGUUUUUCCAGUUGGCGGCCCAGUGGUCCUCACAUGUCAAACACUUCCCUAUUGGGAUCUUUGGACACACUAAAGGGCCCUACUAGUGGCCAAAGGGAUAGAGACAGAGGACAGUCCCCACCCCAUUGUGCCAACAAAUUUUGACCCCCUCCUCCUUUUUUCCAGCACAUGUUGUUUUAUUCUGCUGUUUUAAGUUAAAGUCUUACUCCCUAUUGUUACAUUCAUCUGAUUUUUUAAUAUUUUGCUAAGUUUUGUCUCCUCUAUUUAUGUAAAACCUUCUGGAGCAAUGCAGCCAAGGAGAAAAACCUCUUUACUCUGCUUUUUAAAAAGUAAAUCUGCUGAUGUUUAUAAACUUAUGAGAACACACAUGAUAAAUAAUCAUGUUAACCUUUUAAUGUGUUGAAUAAGUCCCCAGGUUUAACUCUGCUGUUGGUUUGUUGUGUGUGUUAAUGUUGGUUUAAAGCACUUAGCCAGCAGCACACUCAAUAAAGCAUAAUAUAUAAAUAAAUAAAUAAAGAUCAGCUGAUAUGGAAUGGUUUGGUUUCAAACUGCUGAAGGUUUAGGUUUAGCAGAUUUCAGAAAUCUUUUUUUUUUAUUAAUUUUACCAGAAAGUAAAAAAAAAAACAAAAAAAAGACCAAUGUGCAAUUGGUUGAAUGUUGUAUAAAAACUGAAGUCUGGCUUCACCCUGCUCUCAAAAAACAUACACUCAGCUGGGAGGCUUCACCUUUAUUCUCCUAAUCUCCGUUAGUGAUGCUCAAGUAAUCGAUUCAUACAUAAGGAUGAGUCACAAAACAAACCUUGUCUGGAAAAUGAACUAGAGGACAAACAAAAAUUAUUACACCAAUGACUUUAGAGGUGCUUGUUUUGUUCUUGUUGUGAGUUUAAUUAAAAAGAGUCAUCAAGACAACAGUUUGAGCUAGUUAGUUUAGCGUAGCAUAAAAACUGGCCUAGCUUAGUCUAAAUGUGAAAUUAUCCACCUACUUUUUGUUUUGACCUAAUUAGGUCAGGAAUGGAGCUAGGUUAGCUAUUUUAGCUUUGAUGCUAAAACGUGACCAAACGUUUAAUCAACAAAUUUAUUAUCCAGCUUUGUUAAAAUGUCUCAAAAGUCAUACAUGUCACAGGUCAGCUUUACCUAAUCUGCUUGCAUACGAUACUCCCGAGUGACACCAGUGUGCUAAUGUAUGGAGCUCACCAAGUAUCAGAAAUAAAACCAGCUUUAAAAGGUCCAUUUGAUCAACUUUAGCAGAAACUUGCAAAUAACAUUAGGUGUUUGUUUACAGCAGAUGUUGUGGUGAAAUUUGUUUUUGGUGUAAUCAUGGAAACAGGUAAACACAAUUCUGAUACUGAGAAAAGUUUGUCCCAGCCAGCAUACAUGGGUGGGCACCAUAUGGAUAUUUAUGGGCACACCGUAUGGGUGCCAACUGGGUUUAUCCGUGGCUUCCACGGUGGCCACACGGGUUUGCCCACAUGGCGCUUACACAUUAGUGUUGGCACGCCCCCAAAAGGUAUCAAACGGCACCGGAUUUGGUUUCACACCCAGGUCAGAUUUGCGUUUUUGGUACCGAGGUGACUCUUUUUCUCAGACCUUCUCCCCAGCGGUCAGACUGGGACCGAGGCGAUACUAUGGACUGAUCGGCCAGCUGAAAUUACGCCUACCGCCUCCGAUCUGCGAGAAGAAUGAGCCAGCGGGGGUUUUCCCGCAUGCACGAUUCAUUUUCAUGCUGGCUGCUGCUGAGUAAACUUAUGUCUGUAGCACCGAGCUGCCAUUCAGUGUGGGAACGGGAGAAGAGAAUAGCUCUGUGUGUGUGUGUGUGUGUGUGUGUGUGUGUGUGUGUGUGUGUGUGUGUGUGUGUGUGUGUGUGUGUGUGUGUGUGUGUGUGUGUGUGUGUGUGUGUGUGUGUGUGUGUGUGUGUGUGUGUGUGUGCGUGCCUGCUCUGCAUCGGAGCUCUUGCCCUAGCGAGCAGACAGCUGCUCAGGGGAGAAAUCAGGGUGUGUGUGGCACAAGAUUAUGAGGACACACACAGCAAAUUAAUAAAAUAAUGUGGUUCAGAGUCUCCAACAGCAACAUAGCUCAUGUCCGCCUUUGGUUUACCUUAUGGAGCAGACUUUCCGCGUGUUUUAAACGUCGCCCACAGACUCUGGGAUUUCCACAUUCUUGAGAAGUCCCUCGGAUUUAUGUAUUUAAAUAUUUAUAUUUUUAUAAGUGAAACCGCAUCACCCGUUGAAGACUGAACUCCAGUUCCAUACAGUCCGAUCAAACCCCGACCGUGCCAACGCUAAUGUGUAAGCUCCACUAGAUACUAACAAGCUCUACAUGGGUUUUUAGAAGGACCCAGAUGGUUUGACUCAUACACGGGUCUGUUCAAACCUUUGUGGGCAACCCCCAGUGGAGUCACUGUACAAACCGUGGACAAACACCCAUACGGUUUGCCAUUUAUAGAUGUAUAAAUAGAUAUCCAUAUGGGGCCCACCUAUGAAUUUUGGCUUGGUAGGGACCGUCCGCAAAUUGCAACAUUUGAAUCAUGAUUAACAGCAACUGUAUUAUUAGCAUUUUCCCAUAAAUCUGACAUUUGUGCAUCAGACAUUUAUCUUUUUCCUGUUUUUAGUUAUCUUUUAGUCUAUGAUUGCUUGUCCAACUCUGUGUUAUAUCCUCCUCUACCAUCAGAGGGAGUGGGCAGUUUUGAAUAUAUAAAAAGGUUCAUUUAAAUGUUAAUGAUCCUAGUAAGCAAAGAUUCGUCCUUUAUAGGUUUAAUAAACUCAAACAUAGGAGUGUCCAUUAGUAAAUAUGAUUACUAAAAGAUUCUUUCGACCUCUGUAUUUAUUUUAGCACCUGUUAAGCUCUGGACUCAUGUUUGGGUGAAAAGCCUCUCACUUGACCUUUGAACUUUGAUCAUAAAUAGGAACUGAUGGGUAAAAUUUAUUGAGGAACUGAAAUUGUUCGAUGUCUUCCUCCAAAAUCUUCUCCCUCCUUUGCACUCCAGCUCUUGUGCUAAAAGCAGAUUAUUUUGGGUUACUUGUUAAUUGCAGCUAACAUAUUACCUUUGUGGUACUUUAGGAAAACUUCAAACUGUAGAGUUGAAUGUAUCAAAGGUACCUCAAUGUAAAGCACUUUUAAAUGUUUUUCUGAUGUAGAUUAAUGUGUGACACCCCCCCCAAGCUGUAGUUAUAGUGGCGGCUCUAAUAGCUGGACAACAGCACAAACAAUUGGACAUAAUUUAUAUGCAAAGUCGAUAAAAAGACCUUCUGCUUAGUGUGGGGCCUCGUUGACUACUUUAGACUUUAGUUCAAUAUUCUGUGUUCGAUGGGAUGUGUAGUUGUAUCCGUCAGUAGUUUUAGUUGUCAAGCAAAAUUAAAAAACAUUAUUACUCAGAGUUUCUUUAAGUCUGAUCAUAACCCUUGUUGAUGUUUAAGAAGUGCCUAAAUUGCAUAAUUUUGACAAAUCAGAGUAGAAAACAUCUCUGGCUGCUAUGGCGCUGAUUCCAGACCAACAGCAACGACUACAGCUUAUUGAUUUUUGCAACACAACACGAAUGCAGCCUGUUGGUGUGAGGGAUAGAUGAUCCCGAUUUGGCAACUCAUCUUUCAGUAUUUAAACGAACAAUAUCUCUGUUGUCUCUGUUUAAAAGAUGUUUUCUGAUAUCUUUUAUAUGUUCAUUCUGUGUGAUCCGUCAAAUUCCAUUGCUUGGUUCAUUUUUAAACACAGCGUAGUAAAGAUUUGUUUAUACCUCUAGGCUGGCAAGUUUCGGCUAAUACUGUAGCCUUCCUCUGCUGCCUGCAUUUAACAGAAAAGGAAGUGAUGCCACCAACGUCGGCGGUGCUCUGAGGAAGGCUACAGUGUUAGCUGAAACUUGUCAGCUUAAAAGGUAAAAACAAAUCUUUACUAUGCUGUUUAAAAAAGAACCAAAGAAUGGAUGUCUUUAGAUGUUUUUAUUUUCACGUUUUCUCAGAGAAGGCUUGUUGAAGCUGAGUUCCUUAAAGACUACCACUGUAAUCCCCAAAAAAGGGAGUAUUAAAACUACUAUACACACUAAAA